AUGGCGAUCGAUGACGAUGCGUGCACUAUCUGUGAAGGAGAUCGCUCGACAAAAAAGAACCCAAUCGUAUUUUGUGAUGGUGAAGACUGCAACAUUCCAGUUCACAAAGAUUGCUAUGGCGUAGAUCAGGUACCCGAUGGCGAAUGGUUUUGCCAGAAAUGUGAAAACAAGCGACGCAAUAAGCCAACACGUAUUCGAUGCUGUCCUAUGCAAACAGGUGCAUUCAAGCUGACAACAAAGUCAGGGGAUUUCAUUCAUGUUGUGUGUGCAAGAUGGAACAAGUCUAUCGAUCAUCAACGAGAACCCUACGAUGUGAUCCAGAGUGAGAUCGAUAAACAUGAAUGUUACAAGUGUGGCAACAAACAAGGCAUUUGCAUAAAGUGUGAGGAAGCUUCUUGUACCAGAUAUUUUCAUGUCACUUGUGGUGUCAAUGCCGGGAACAUCACCAUCACCAAAAACAUCCCUGAUGAUUAUUCACCUCGUUGCACUGAACAUCAACCUCAGGACGCAAAUGAUAAACGACCCAAAAAACGCUAUGGUUCUGCACCCACACGCCGACGAAGACGAUUGCUUCAAAAGGAGUUGAUUGAUUCUGAGAGCAGUGAAGGAGAAGAUGAUAUGGAUGAGGAUGACGACCAUGAUGAGGAUCACACUGAAGGCGACAACGAUGAUGAUGAUGAUGACGACGAAGAUGAAGAUAUGGGGACAUCAUCAUCCAUUCGAGGAAAAAAGAGGAGCAAGUCACGAUCCAAUCCAUCCACCAAACGAAGAGCACCCUCCAUUCCAGGACGAAGAAUGCCUGCUGGUCCUUUACAUUUAUUCUUGAGUGAUCAAAGUGAUUCUGAUGAUCAUAUGGGCACCACCGCAGACAACAAAAAAUCACCCGCCAUGACACCCCGCAGUGACUCUUCUUCUGGCAAUGGUCAUUCAUCAUCACCCGCUCUAUCAAUGAAGGAUCGUCUCGAAGCAAAGCGUAGGAAAUCAGAGGUUGAAAAGGCAAAAUCAGCAUCAAUGAAAACCGCCAGUCCUUCACUUGCAUUGGAUACCACAAAGCCAUCAUCAAGUAUGGGAUCAUCAUCACCUAUGACUACUUCUUCUACUGCUGCUGCUGCUGCUCCUCCUCCUCCUAUGACACAAGCUGCUGCUGCCACCACCACCACCACCACUGGAAAUCAACCCAUGUCAUCGCAACCACAACCACCACAGCCACAGCCACCCUCUUCUUCUUCCAAUGGUCAACCACCACAACCGUAUAAGCAAAAGCUUCCCAACAAGGGUCAUUUGAUGCCAAGCCAACGACCUCCCACACCUAAUGGCGGUGGACCAAAACGAUUCGGCAACUACCAUCAACCUAAUACACCAACUGCGCCAUCGGGAUCUGUGAUUAAAAACUUGGAAGAGAUUGAAACGGACAUUUUGGCACAACGUCGCAAUGUACAACCACCAUCAACACCUACAACCCCUGCGGCACCACAGCCAUCUAUACCCCAUGCGAGCACUGCAUUUGACGAUGUUUUGAAUGGUAUUGAACGUCGACAUGCUCAACCGGAUCGCAAGCCUUCAAUAUAUCAAGGACCAAGGAAGUCGACGACGAUAGAUGGUUCCAAUGAUGCUACCGAAUAUCAAAAAUCACUUAUGCGAAACAAGCUUAUGGAGGUGCUUGACGAGUUUUAUCCAGGAUCACAACGAACAGCAGCAGGGCCAACAGUUGCCGAAUUACAACAACGUUUACAAGCGGCCAACCAAGAAAAUCAACGCAUGCGAGAAGAAAACCGACGACUCUAUGAUUUCAAGCGAUGCGUGACGGAUGUGUUUGAAGGACUCCAUGUACGAGCACCAAGCGGGUUAUCCUUGUCAACCGACACAGUGGAAGAAUAUGUAUAUGAGUUACGGUCCAUGUUGCUAAGGAUUGGGUCCCUUCAAGAAAACGACAUGCGACGUAUCACGGAUUAUGUGGAAGAUAUGGUUGGAAGAACAACACAUUAG